GUGUGAUUGGUGUGGGCUACUACUGUACCCAGAGGGGCUUCUCAGAGGAAGUGAGAGAUUCAGUGAUGAAACUGGUGCCCCUGACACGCCAACUAUGGCAGAUGACCAAGCUGAAAAUGCUUCCUACCCCUGCAAAAUUUCAUUAUGUGUUUAACCUUCGAGAUCUUUCUAGGAUCUGGCAGGGAAUGCUAAACACUACUUCAGAGGUCAUCAAGGAUCCAGAUGAACUGUUAAAAUUGUGGAAGCAUGAAUGCAAACGUGCUAUAGCUGAUCGUUUUACGGUGUCUGAUGACGUGACUUGGUUUGAUAAAGCUUUAGUAAGUCUGGUAGAGGAAGAGUUUGGUGAAGAGAAAAAACUCUUGGUGGAUUGUGGAAUUGAUGCUUAUUUUGUGGACUUUUUGAGGGAUGCACCGGAAGCUACAGGUGAAACAUCUGAGGAGGCUGAUGUUGAAAUGCCCAAAAUUUAUGAGCCCAUCGAAUCUUUUAAUCACCUAAAAGAGCGUUUGAAUAUGUUCCUGCAGCUCUAUAAUGAGAACAUCCGCGGCACUGGCAUGGAAAUGGUGUUCUUCACAGACGCGAUGGUUCACUUGGUCAAGAUCUCUCGAGUCAUUCGUACUCCUCGAGGAAAUGCCCUCCUGGUCGGGGUGGGCGGAUCGGGAAAGCAGAGCCUGACACGGCUGGCCUCAUUCAUUGCUGGCUACACGACUUUCCAGAUCACUCUGACAAGAUCCUACAACACAUCAAAUCUGAUGGAAGACCUGAAAGUUUUGUAUAGAAUGGCUGGUCAGCAAGGCAAAGGAAUCUCUUUUAUUUUCACAGACAAUGAGAUUAAAGAUGAGUCAUUUUUGGAAUACAUGAACAAUGUUUUAUCAUCGGGCGAGGUCUCCAACCUAUUUGCUCGUGAUGAAGUUGAUGAAAUCAAUAGCGAUCUGACACCAGCCAUGAAAAAAGAGCACCCCAGGCGCCCUCCUACCAGUGAGAACCUGUAUGACUACUUCAUGAGUCGCGUCCGACAGAACCUGCAUGUUGUGCUCUGCUUUUCCCCGGUGGGGGAGAAAUUCCGAAUCCGAUCUUUGAAGUUCCCCGCCCUUAUUUCGGGAUGCACUAUUGACUGGUUCAGCCGAUGGCCUAAGGAUGCCUUAGUUGCUGUGUCCGAACACUUCCUCUCUUCCUAUGAUAUUGACUGCAGUUUGGAAACCAAGAAGGAGGUGGUUCAAUGCAUGGGUUCCUUCCAGGAUGGGGUGGCUGAGAAGUGUGUUGAUUAUUUCCAGAGAUUCCGACGUUCUACCCAUGUGACCCCCAAAUCGUACCUCUCCUUUAUUCAGAGUUAUAAGUUCAUAUAUGGAGAAAAGCAUGUGGAAGUGCAGACCCUGGCCAACAGAAUGAAUACUGGAUUGGAAAAGCUAAAAGAAGCUUCGGAGUCUGUCGCAGCCCUGAGCAAAGAACUAGAAGUAAAAGAAAAGGAGCUACAAGUGGCCAAUGAUAAAGCCGACGCGGUCUUAAAAGAAGUGACUAUGAAGGCACAGGCUGCUGAAAAGGUCAAGGCCGAGGUACAAAAGGUAAAGGACAAAGCCCAGGCCAUCGUGGACAGCAUCUCCAAAGAUAAAGCCAUUGCGGAAGAAAAGCUGGAAGCAGCAAGACCAGCCUUACAAGAAGCAGAAGCAGCAUUGCAGACCAUUAAGCCUUCUGACAUCGCCACAGUCCGCACGCUGGGCCGACCCCCUCACCUCAUCAUGCGGAUCAUGGACUGUGUGCUGCUGCUGUUUCAGAGGAAAGUCAAUGCAGUGAAAAUUGACCUGGAAAAAAGUUGCACCGUUCCUUCCUGGCAGGAAUCUUUAAAACUGAUGACUGCAGGGAACUUCUUACAGAACUUACAGCAAUUCCCCAAAGAUACAAUCAAUGAAGAAGUGAUAGAAUUUUUGAAUCCUUACUUUGAGAUGGCAGACUAUAACAUCGAAACUGCUAAACGUGUGUGUGGGAAUGUAGCCGGUCUUUGUUCCUGGACGAAAGCCAUGGCUUCCUUCUUUUCUAUAAACAAAGAGGUGCUGCCUCUGAAGGCCAACUUGGUGGUGCAGGAGAAUCGCCACAUCCUGGCCAUGCAGGAUCUGCAGAAGGCACAGGCUGAGCUGGACGACAAACAGGCAGAGCUCGAUGUGGUGCAGGCUGAGUACGAACGGGCCAUGACGAAAAAGCAGACCUUGCUUGAAGAUGCAGAACGAUGCAGACGCAAGAUGCAGACGGCUUCCACGCUGAUCAGGGGCUUGGCAGGAGAGAAAGAAAGAUGGACAGAGCAAAGUCAGGAGUUUGCUGCACAAACCAAAAGACUCGUAGGAGAUGUAUUGUUGGCUACGGCUUUUCUAUCUUAUUCUGGUCCAUUUAACCAAGAGUUUCGCGAUCUGCUGUUAAAUGACUGGCAGAAGGAAAUGAAAGCCCGGAAAAUUCCAUUUGGAAACAAUCUAAAUCUCAAUGAGAUGUUGAUUGAUGCUCCUACUAUUAGUGAAUGGAACCUCCAAGGUCUGCCAAAUGAUGACCUGUCCAUUCAGAAUGGCAUUAUUGUCACAAAGGCAUCUCGCUAUCCUUUGCUAAUUGAUCCACAGACCCAAGGCAAGAUCUGGAUUAAAAAUAAGGAAAGCCGAAAUGAACUCCAGAUCACAUCUCUAAAUCACAAGUACUUCAGAAACCACCUGGAGGACAGCCUUUCUCUAGGAAGACCUUUGCUUAUUGAAGAUGUUGGGGAGGAACUAGAUCCAGCCCUGGACAAUAUUUUGGAAAGAAAUUUCAUUAAAACUGGGUCUACCUUUAAGGUGAAAGUUGGCGAUAAGGAAGUAGAUGUUAUGGGUGGCUUCAUGCUCUACAUCACCACCAAACUGCCCAAUCCAGCCUACACCCCUGAAAUGAGUGCCCGUACCUCCAUCAUUGACUUCACUGUCACCAUGAAAGGUCUAGAAGAUCAGUUACUGGGGAGAGUCAUUCUCACGGAGAAGCAGGUGCGUGAAGGCUGCCUACCUCCUUUUCUGUACUGCAUUGAGAUUCUUUCGCUGAUGAAAAUAAUAUAA